AUUUGACCAUCAUUCAGGCCUCUACUGUAGGUUCUAAAACAUCGAAGGUAUUGAAACCUCGGAUAGUGAGUGAUCCCAGGGUCCCGUUCGCGAAAUACGGGAAACCCAAAGGUUUAGCAAGUGUAGCGUUUUGCGGGGCGCUGGUAGCUCUGGGUUAACAGUGAUUUGUGAGCUCACUGAAAAAAAAAAAAUGGCAAGUUACCGAGAGUUUAUCGCCUCGAUGCUUGUCCUCCUCCUCAUCGGGUCCACGACGGCCGAUGAACUUUGGGUUGAGCGUUCGGGUGGAGUGUUAGGAGGUUUCACCAACUUGUGCGCAUCGGAGGAUCCAAAAAACGUAUCAGCGUCGUGCCACGGGGUUCGAAUCGUGCGAAAAGUGGUUCAACAGUUCCUCGAUAAGUCAGCGGCGGUUCCAAAUCUCGAGCUAUCCGAAGGUGUUCAAUUGGUUGAGUCCUCAGCUCCAGUGUUAUCUCGGAGGUCGAGAAAUAUGAAGAACUCUGGAGUAGUUGAGGAGAUCGUCAACUUUCUGGAAGGACGUGAGCUGAGGGUGAAACUGCCAAGUCUUUUUCCGGACAAUCUGGAAACGGCUCUGAAGGAGUCCCUACCAAAUGCUAAUCAGGGUCGGAAAAAAGACGAUGGAUUUGGCGGCGGUAAAGGAGGUGGUGGAGGCGUCAUGAUGAUGGCACUAAUGAUGGGAAAGAUGAUGGGUGCCCUGGGGCUGGGAGCUUUGGGUCUAUUGGCGAUGAAGGCGUUAAUGGUUUCUGGUCUUGCCCUGAUGCUGUCCCUGAUCGUGGCAGCGAAGAAGCUGGCCGGAGGUCACGACGACGGUGGUGGUCACCACGUGAUCUACGCUCAGGAGAGCCACGGCCAUGGUCAUAGACGAUCGCUGGACGAUACUGAUUUUAGCGAUCUACCAUACCGAGGAUACUCGGUCGAUUACACGGUGAAAAACUCCUAGUGGUAGCUAAUCCUGAUCCUUGACAGAGACCCAACGAUACCUACACGGACGCAGGAAAUUUUCUUGCCCGAAUAGCUAACUGACUCAUCCUUUGACAGACACAAUUCUCGAGUGAGCAGCAAACACGGAUCUCUCGGUUCAAUGCAAAUAACGGAGGAAACACUCAGCCGAGAGACCCUGGUGAAAACAAAGUAUGUGAAAGUUUUCUAUAUACAUAUAGUGAACGAAAAACAAAUAAUAAGUAUAAAAAAAGCUAUUGUGACAAAUACGCGUAUGAGACUACCGACAGGUUCCUCCUGUCCCGGUGACAAACGGACGGACGUCGACGGAGCGACGAACUGUCGUGAUAAACGAGACGCGUUAUGACUAUAAUACACGUGACAGUGACGGAAGGCUCGUAGAAAGUGACUUUUGGAAUAUACUACCAUGGUCAGCUGGUCCCCAGUUGCUUCAGUCUGCAAUCGUAAGUCCCUAAAAAUUUUGACCUUUCGAAAAAUGACAUUACAUACUCCAUUGCCGCGACAAUUACCACCAACGGAAUGCUACCUCCACUCAAAGGGUAGAUGAUAAUGAUUAUUAGAUGAAAAUCUACCCUCAAUAACGAUACCCACGUGACCAAAGACACUUCACCUCCCAUUUUUCUUAAACUUUCGACAUGCUCAAAACUACUAUACAAUA